AUGAGAACGACGGUCAGCGCGCAACCGCUGCAACCCCUGCCCGUUUCCUCCGCUCCCCAUCCCUUCUCCUUCCGAAGGCGCAUCUCUAUCGUGGGCUUCUUACCCACCCAGUGGCGUCUCCUUUCUCCUCACCUCCUCCCCUUCCUCCCCGCCCUCCGCCCCUCUGCGAUCCGGCAGGUGUUUGCGUGGAGCCAGCAGCAGGCGUGGUUCCGGCCCAACAUGCGGCUGUACAACGCACUCAUGGGCUUCCUGGCCAGGGAGCAGCAGGCGCACGCCGCCACGCUGCUCUUCCAGGACAUGCUGCUGUCGCGCGCGCGCCCCAAUCACUUCACGUACACCGCACUCAUCAACGCGUACGGCCGCGCCGGGUGGUUCGAGGACGCCCUCGCUGUGUUCCACCACAUGAAGACGUGCGAUGAUGAUGACUGCCGGCCCAACACAGUGACGUGUAACGCGCUGAUUGGUGCGCUGUGCAAGGGGGGCAUGUAUGACGAGGCGGUGGAGGUGUUCAUGGACAUGCGUGCGGGGGCGGGCGGGGCGGGCGGCCUGCCACUCAACUGCAGGCCCAACAUAGUGACGUACAACACGCUCAUCGACACCUUGUGCCGGGAAGGCCAGCUCGAUGCCGCUCUGCAGGUGGGUAUGCCGCUCUGCAGGUGGGUAUGCCGCUCUGCAGGUGGGUAUGCCGCUCUGCAGGUGGGUAUGCCGCACGACCACGGUUUGCUGGUGUGGAUACGGUUUGCUGGUGUGGAUACGGUGCUGGAGGAGGACCUCUCAUCGGGCGUGCUGGACUCCCAGGUGGCGCCCAACAUAGUCACAUUCAACACCAUCAUCAACAUAGUGCUGGAGGACCUAUCAUCAGGCGUGCUGGACUCCCAGGUGCUGGAGGACCUCUCAUCAGGCGUGCUGGACUCCCAGGUGGCCCCCAACAUAGUCACAUUCAACACCAUCAUCAACGCCUGUGGCAAGGCUUUUGAGACGUCUCAAAAGUCCAUACCCCACCCCACUCGCCCCGCAGGUGCUGGAGGACCUCUCAUCAGGCGUGCUGGACUCCCAGGCGUGCUGGACUCCCAGGUGGCCCCCAACAUCAUAACAUUCAACACCAUCAUCAACGCCUGUGGCAAGGCUUUUGAGACGUCUCAAAAGUCCAUACCCCACCCCACUCGCCCCGCAGGUGCUGGAGGACCUAUCAUCAGGCGUGCUGGACUCCCAGGCGUGCUGGACUCCCAGGUGCUGGAGGACCUCUCAUCAGGCGUGCUGGACUCCCAGGUGGCCCCCAACAUAGUCACAUUCAACACCAUCAUCAACGCCUGUGGCAAGGCGGGCCGUGCCCCCGACGCCGAGGCCACGCUGCACGCCAUGGAGCGCACCGGCAUGCCACCGGACGGCAUCACGUUCACCGCGCUCGUCGACGCGUACGGCCGCACGGGCGACGUGGAGCGAGCCGAGGAGGCGUUUCAGCGCAUGCUGCAGGCGGGCAUCUCCCCGGACGUGUUCUCCUACACAGCCCUCAUGGCUGCGUUUGGCCGCGCUGGCCUGUCCGACCGGGUCACGGAGACGCUGGCUGCCAUGCAGCGUGCAGGCGUGCCGCCCAACGAGGUGACGUUUCUGACCGUGCUGGACGCCCACGGCAAAGCGGGUAACUACGAGGAGGCUGAGGCCACGCUCGCCGUCAUGGUUACGUGCGGUUACCGCCCGUCGGUGUACAGUUGGAGCUGCUUGAUUGACGCGUUUGGGAAGGCUGGGCUGUAUGCCAAGGCAGCAGGGGCGUUUGAACGCAUGCAGGCCGAGGGGUGCCGCCCGAAUCUGAUCACGUAUGCAGCCAUUUUGUCUGCUUGUGCGCGGUGCGAUAAGUGGGAAGACGCGCUGGAGCUGCUGUACUGCCUGCAGAGGACUGGCGGCGAAUGGGAAGUUGCCAUGUGUCGCCUCGUGAUGGCAGGUCCAGAGGAGGAAGGAGUCGAGUGUGCGAGCGAGGAGGAGAUGCUGGAGGGACUGGUGAGAGGAGGGGCGCGGGGAGGGGCGGGCAGGAGGGGCGAGAGGGCGGACGAGGGGCUGUGGGAGUCGGCAGGGCGGAUGUUUGGUGCGUUUCAGGCGGUGCCGCUGCCCAUGCGCCGCUCCUUCUACAACGCUCUGGCCGACGUGCUCUGGAGCUUUGGCAUGCGGCGCCGCGCUGCGCGCGUGGUGGCUCUGGGCCGCGGCCUGGGCGUGUACGGCGGCGCAGAUGACCUGCACAAGGAGGCGCGCGGUGCACGCAGGGUGGGCGCGGGGCGCAGGGAGAGCAGCAGCAGUGGCAGUGAGAGUGAGAGUGGGAGUGGGAGUGGUAGUGGGAGUGGCAAGCAGAGGGGUGGGGGGGGCGGCAGCGGCAGGGGCGGGGGCAUGUGGAGGGAGGAGGGCGUUUGGAGUGUGGACCUACACGAGCACUCCAUCGGCUCCGCCUGCGCCUUCCUCUACCUCUGGCUCCGCGACCUGCGCACCGCCUGGCAGUGGCACAAUGAGAUCCCGGAGGCCAUCGAUAUAGUCACGGGGUGGGGGCGCCACAGCAAGCGCAAGGACGCCACGUCAGACAAGCCAGCACAGGUGGCGCCCCUCAAGGCAGCCAUCCUGAGGGAGCUGCACCUCAUGCGCUCGCCCUUCCAGGAGCUUUCUGUCAAUGCCGGUCGUCUAGUGGCGGGCGGGUGGGCGGCGUACUCGUGGCUGUUGCAGGAGGAGAUGGGGGAGCAGCUGCAGCUCAGGGACGCGCCCCAGCCCGUACCUCCUGGGGACAAGCCGUACCAACCACUGUAA